AUGAUAGCUGCACGUCAUGGCCAGCAUGACGUGGUGCUUCGUGCGCUCGAAACCUCUUGUUCCCAACCUCAGCUGGAUGUGGUUGAUGAACACGGCAACACAGCCGUUAUGAUCGCUGCUCGGGAGGGGCACGACAAGGUAGUGGAAGCUCUUGUUGCAGCAGGGGCGGACCUUUCAAUCAGAAAUCUUGCUGGGCAGACGGCAGCUGAUGUUGCCAGCACGGACGAGAUUCGCGCUGUCAUCGUGAAAGGUGAAGCCCAAGCAGAAGCGAUACUGAGGUCAAUCCUGGCAAUGGAUGGCAAAACUGAGCCGACAACAUCGAGCACUUCGUCUUCUUCGGCUACAGGUCUCGCGCAGCUACCCAAAGAGCUGGCCGCGCUUGCAGCAAGUGUGGAUGUCAAGCUCUGUGCUGAGAGUCCCUUCUGA